GUUUAGGUGACUACUUCCAGUUCAUCAUGGUGAGGACUAAAGAUAGUGCUAGUGUCAAAGUGGUAGGAGCCAAAGCUCCAAGAAAGAUCUCUACUCCAACUUCAACUGCUGCCAGCAGUGGCUCUGACUCAAAAAAAAAACAUUCUGGAGGGAAUCCAUAUUGUCCCAGAGAAACUCCUGCCUGGCAGAAACCCAUUACUCAAUUUUUUGGAACAUCUAAACCAUGUACAUCAACAUCCUGUGACGAGGAACAAACGACCGAUGGAAGUGGAGAAUGGUACAGCCCAUAAUGAAAAUUGUAACAAAGAAGAAAGAAAUUCACAUGAAACGGAAGCUGCUAACUGUUCUACAAGGGGAGAAGUUCAGGAAGCAGAUGGCAAUGAAGAAGACGACAAUGAAAAAGAAAAUUGUAUGGACACCUGAGUUGUUUUAUAGUUUUUUUUGGUCCAAAUUGUAUUAUUCCUGUUUUAUAUUUAUAAAUAACACUUUUUUAAUU